AGAAAGAGUGCGCUGGUGUUGCACCCUUCCGAGAAAAAGUUGUGGAGAUGAAAGAAGAACAAGAAGAACGCGAGGAAUGAUGAAAAGAGUGACUUUUCUCAACAAACAGUGAACGAAAUUGGCUGCCUCUAUUCAAACAAAACAGUAAUUAAAUAACAUCCGAUGGAAUGAAUUUUCAGUGGUUAACUUUUACUUAAAUCAGCCGCCGCACUGCAGUCCCAUUGUGGAUGUAUGCAUGUGUGUGUGUGUGUGUGUAGGUGGAACAGUAGCGAAAAAGAAUGCUGACGACCAGACCAGACCUGUGUUAAAGGUGGCUUGUUGUGUGUUUUUCUCUUUGUGAAUUCGUUUAUUUUUGGUAACUACGCGAUAGUGGAAAAUGGUGUAAUUAAAUUGUAGUGCGCUCGGCAGUAGACGACGGCAAGUGAUCGGACCCUGUCGCGCAUCGUUUGAUAAGAAUUGUGUGGUUGCCUGAGCUGUGUUGCCGUGUUCGGUGUGGGACAAAAGUGAAGCGAAGACGCAUCAUCCACAUCCAUACAAGUCCUUGCCGUGUUGGAGCGCCCCGCGAAAAGGUUGGAAAAUUAGCCCCAAAAAGACUUCCGGUAAUUGCGUUUACGUUGUAGGAAAAGUGCUUUGGGGUUGGACAGGGUAACCCUUUGAAGCGCGUGUACACCCAGACACCACGGUGUCGAAUUCGAUUCGGUGGCACACCGGAAAGAGUACCAACCCAAGCAGAGUCUGGCGUGUGUCGGUGCAUGCGUGCAUGUGUGUGCGCGAGUGUGCGAAUUGUGCAAUUUGUGUGCCAGGUUCUGCUGGGGUUGCAUCUGGGUGGACGAGCACACACCUAUCGUUUGCAUACACUUCACUGUAAUUGACAAUAAGUGUAACAAUUGUGGAAAGACGUUCGCUGUUAUUGUAACUACCCGAUAGCGGUUCCAUUAUCAGCGCGUCCAUGCAUUCAAUCAACUUGGAAAAGUACGAAGGCGAAGGUGAAUUGGCGAAAUCGACGCGAAGCAACCCGUCGCCGGUGGAUUGUAUCGACGAGGAGGAAGACGUCCAGCUGUCCCAGCGGGUGGAACAGCAGGAGCAGGAGCAGGAGGAGGAGGAGAAGGAGCGGGAGGAAACGGAUGAAAAUGAUAACAGCAGCAGGAGUCAAAAAAUCAUCGCCCCCACUAUCACGAUGAGACCGACCACUUUGGAGCGCCUGUUCGAUGGGACGGGACGCAUGCCGGAGCGAAGCGAAUCGCUCACCAACGAGCCAGGGGCAUUUGCUUUGCUAAAAGAUCAAAUGAAGCUAGAAUCCGUCACCGCGGCUAUGGCCCCAAGCGGGCCGCAACCGUGCAGCAACAUUAUUCUCCAUCGAACGUACAACAAGAAACCCUCGCAGACCGUUGUUGCCGGCGGGGAGAGUGCGGAGGACGAUAGCUGCAGGAGCUUGUCACCGGCAAUGCAUCCGGUGGUUAGCCUGGAGGACAUUCGUGUGCGCAUCGGGCUGCCGGAGCUGGUCCGGGCGGGCAGCUUAAGCCGAGCAGACGGCACUGCAGGCCGUCCUAACAAUGUACAGUCCUGCAUCAUCCGCCGUUCGUUUCAUAAGGAUAGUGGUGUAGCUCCCGGCAUUGCAAAGAUUAGUCUGGAGCAGGAAGCGUCCCAUUCGGACGGUGGCAAGGAAGCAAGCAAUCGUCGUAUUAGCUAUUCCUACGCCAAAAAGGAUCACUUUGUCGCUCAGCCAACUGUGGUGUUGCGAAGAUGCGACACGACAGCAGCGCAAAAACCUGCCACAGAACGUAUGGAUGUGUGUGAGGAAGAGCCAGUUGGGACGAACAAUGCAGACGAAGCCGUCGAGGCAAGCUCGAUGGCCAAUUCGUUCGGGGACGAUGACAGCUCCGACUGGUCGAAACAUUUGUCCACCCAGCACAGUUUGUCGCACCGGAGGAAACUUUCCGCCGACGGAGGGCAGCAGUCCCAGCAGACGAACGCGCUCAGCGAGUUCGAUUUAAUGCUGCAAAAGAUUAACCAAAGUGUACCGCCCAUGUCGCACCUGGACCGCAUCGACCAGUGGCGUGUGACGGCGGAAGACCUGCUCCACUCAAUCCCCACGAAGGCACAGAUCGAAACGAGCUCGUCGUCCUGUGCCAAGCGGCCGCACUAUUACGAUGCCGACGAGGGUUCAAGCGAUGAAGAUUCGGACCCGCUCGAGGAUGAUGCCGCCGGAGCAGCAGCGGCAGCUGGCGAUGGUCCGUGCACUAGUGCGGGAUUGCUAAGAAGCGUCAAGAAAAGGCGCACGAUCAACGAUGUGCCACCGCUAGACUCUCCAAACUCGGUCAUUGCUAAUCCGAUGUCGGUCGCGCUAAAGCUGCGUAAUGACGACGAGGACGAGGUGGUGGACACUAAUGGCUUGGAUUUUCGGAAAAGUCAAGUUAAUCCGGAAAUCGAUAAAGUAGGUGGCAACGUGAGCGGAUCGAACAUUCGCAUUUUGACGCGCAAAAACUACUACAAACUACCGACCCGAUACCGAGCGGACGCGGACCAGGGACAGGAAGGGGCGGACCGUGGGGAUGAAUCUGGCAACACGUGUGCCGGCUUGAAGACGUCCGAUGGUCGCUAUAAAGCCAACCCGUACGCGUAUCUGUUGAGCAGGGAUGAGGAAGAGCGGGACAAGUUCUUGCAGUAUCUUCGCAUCAGCCCAGUGUUUCGGACGGAUGAACAGGCCCUGUCCGGGCAUCGGGCCGGUGUGCAGGCGGAAAAACGCAAUGGCAUGCUUACCGCCGAAGGACCGGCCACUAGCGUCACGGCCGUUGUAAAUUCGGCAAAGGCAAAUUCUCGACCGAAAGCGACGCAACACAAGCGGAAGCCAACGUCCAAGCACAGGGCUCAUCCGACGAUCAUUGCCAGCAGUGGGUUGCGUGGUGUAAGGCGCCUCGUCCUCACCAGCUCGCUGCGCAGUGGCAAGGUAAUACGGUACAGAAACGGUUACACGAACCUACGCUCGGUGGCUAAAUCUACGCGACCAGAACGUAAGAAGGUGCACGGUGCAGAGUCAAUCGAAAAGAAGCAACAGCAGCGGCAGCCAUCGCCAAAAGUGGUUGAUAAAUCAGACAAACAACCUUCACCCGGGGAGGUGAAACAAUCUUCAAACGCAUCUUCCCCGUCCUCAUCCACCCCUGUGAUGGCAAAGAAGGCCAAAAGCUCAACGCAACGGCCCCGGUGCUCGGUGGACAGUGCGGUCAGCAGCUCGACCAGCGCUGAAAUGCACGAACAGGUAGUGAAGCGUUCCAAGGAAUGCCAAACGAUCGAAUCGAUUCCGCCUGGACAGCCGCCGGCACCGGCAGCCAUCGUGAACGAAGGCAAGCGCAUGCGAAACCCGCUGAACCGUGCCGAUGGGGAGGUGUUGCACCUUUUCCUGCUGGGCGAGCAGCUGGUGGUGGUGCAGAAGGAGGUCGUCAGCUUCUGGCGAUACUCGCGGUUGAGUGUGUUCCUUGGCGUCAAGCAGGAAUGGCAGCGAGUCGCUCAAAUUCGACGCUGGAAUCGUGAUAAUGAGGUGGAUGUACAGAAUGCCUCUAGAAUCGUGUUCAACAAACAAGAUCCCAUCUAUCUGGAACCGAGGGCUAGAAACUUGAGCGAAGAUAAGGCACGCGCCUGUCCGCUGGUGUCGAUCUACGUGAACGCUUACUUUCUAGACAUGGUAUCCGUCGGCAAGGUGGCAAAGGUUAGUGAAGGCAAUGUACCAAUUGCUGCCAGCGACGACAAUGAGGAGGAAAAUGAAGAUGAGGAGUAUGAAGAGCAGUUGCGUUUAAAAUCGUUCCAAUUGGACACGGUUAAGAGUUCCCUGGAGGAUAUCCGGUUCGUGCCGUUGCCAAACUCGCGUGACUUUCUCGUCUGCUGGCAUGAGCACGUGUCGGUGCUAGAAUCGCGAACCGGACUGUGCAAGUACAGCCUCACGCCGGACAUGCAAACGUUGGCCUGCAUUCGUGAGUUUAUGACCGUGAAGCAGAAGUUAAACGCACUGAAGUGUAUCAAUGAUAAGAAGCUGAUCGGGUUUGGCGACACGUCCGUGCAUAUUUGGUGUUACGAGAGCGGGUUCAUUCUGCACACGGUUGACUUGAAGCUGGAGCUGGGAUUGAUCGUAUGUUGUUUCCUUCACAUUGAAGAGAAUAACGACAACACGCUCAUGAUGUGGCAAAUGCACCAGUCAGAAGAUCCUGCGUCCAGCUGUAACCGAAAGGUGGUGAAAGUGAUCGCUCUCAACCUGUACAAAGCGACAUGGUACAUAGCGCAUAGCUAUGAUAUAGCGCUGGCAUCCUUGAGUAUUACAAGUGAAAGUCAACAGUGGGCACUGGACGAUAAUCAUGCCGGCCAUCGGCACUGUCUGACGUUCGACAGUGGCGAACUGUUGACGCUCAGUCUCAACGAUCCGACCGUUUGCUGGACAAACCAUCCGCGAUUGGAGAAGGAUCUGCAGCGGGCCGACAAAGGCUCGCUGCACAUCUACAGCCGUCUGCGCAGCAAUGACGGCGGGAUCGACCUGUACCGUCCGCGGGAACGCAUACUGAACGGUGGCCAUUGGAACGGUGGGCGUGAUUUGGUGUUUUUGAGCGAUCAGCUGCUGACGGUGAAAACGAUCGAUGAGUACAUGCAGGAGGAGAGCAAACGAUAGGCUGACGACGACAAAGAGGCUGCUGCUUUUCGGGCAAAAAAGCAUACAGGUUAAUGUUUCGGUUCAAAAGUUCGUAAUUUGAAACACGGCUAUUAGUUAGAGCGCUACUUCUGCAACAACAACAAAACCCCCCUUGUCAGUGCUCAUAGCUUUUGUGAAUUAUUUAUGUGCUAUGUACACACUGUUUCCACUGUUGCUUAUGUAUAGAUGAAGAGGCACUAAUGAAGUGUUUAGUGCUUUGGAAUUAUUUGAUGUAAAUUCGUGUGCGUAUGUGUGUGUGUGUGUGUGCGUGGGUGCGUUUGCCAACGCGCGAAGAAUGGAAUGGUAUGUUCCAAAUAGUAUUUAUUUAUCACGUUCCUUUUGAAUUCUUCCGGCCGUUGUUUCGUCCGCAAUCCGGAAGCAUGCGGCUGUCAUAUGAUUUGAGUGCAGCAAAGUGUGAUCUGUUUGAAACAAGUAUGCUUCAUUGUGUACAUAGUGUAAUAUGUACAGCCCACGUUGUCGCUUAUUACGAGACAAACCUGAUGAUGAGAUAAGAGGACGAAUUCUUUAAUGAAGGGGAACGGAAAAAGAAGAGAAAAAGAAGUUUGCUACUGAACUGAAGUGCUCUAUGCAAAAAAAACAGGAAACAAAUAGGUAAAGGUGUUGCAAGCCUUAAGAUCUCGCUUAUGAAUUAGAGCGCAAUGCGUUCCGGUGAGUGUUUUUUUUGUGCACGAGACGCGACUAAAAUAAAGUAUAUUUUAAUUAAUGAAUUUACAUGAACAA